GUAACAUCCGGCACGAACACUCGCGACUUCCGGUGACGGCCAUCUUAUAGGACGCUCUAUGUCUGAUACACAUAAGGACUAGUUUAGAAAAUUGUCCCGAAGUUUGGUGACAGCCAGGCCUCGAUUAUGCUAAAAUCGGAAGACAAUCAACAGCAAAAUAAUGAUGACAGAGACAGGAGCAGAGAACGCGACCGCAAUCGGAGAUCAGACAGACCGAAUCGUCUGAACUCGGCCACCCGCGACCGCAGUCGAGAAAGAAAUGAACGUGGCAGGAAGGCCUCUGACAGACGGAUUUAUGUAUCAAACAUUCCAUAUGAUUUUCGCUGGCAGGAUCUCAAAGAUCUAUUCAGGACAGAAGUUGGCAAGGUAGCACAUGUGGAACUUUUCACUGAUGAAAAUGACAAGCCCAGGGGAUGCGGCAUUAUGGAGUUUGAAGAUUCAGAAUCAGUGAAGAUAGCGGUGGAAAAGAUGCAUCGGUAUGAUAUCAAAGGACGAAAGCUUGUUGUCAAAGAAGACUUUGAUGUUGAACGUGAUAAGUAUGGACGGUUGACUACAGGUCGUAACAAUGACAGAACACGUGAUGAUAGAUUCAGAGGACCUCCCAGGCCACAAGGAGGUGGACGACAAAACAUGUCUGCACCUAGUGGUGGCGGCGGCGGCGGCGGUGGCGGCGGUGGCGGUGGCGGCGGCAUUGGCGUUGGCGGCGGUGGUGGCGGUGGCGGCGGUGGUGGCGGCGGCGGUGGCGGAGGCGGCGGCGGCGGCGAUAAUAAGUUUGGAAAUACAUAUGGUCUCAGCACACAGUUCUUGGAAUCUCUGGGCAUCAAUGGGCCAUUAGUCACAAGAGUCUUUGUUGCUAAUCUGGAUUAUAAAGUUGACGAGAAGAAAUUGCUUGAAGUCUUCAAACUGGCGGGCAAAGUGUUGCAUGUUGAACUAGGAAAAGACAAAGAUGGUAAAUCAAGAGGAUUCGGAGUCGUAGAGUACGACCACCCGGUAGAAUCUGUCCAGGCAAUAUCGAUGUUGCACAAUCAACAGUUGUUCGACAGACGCAUGACUGUUAGACUCGACAGAGCCAACGAGCCGGACAUGCCGCCUAAAUUGCCAGAAGGCUUGAAGGGUAUCGGUAUGGGUCUCGGAGCCGGCGGCAACAGACUGUUGGAUGUGGCUCGGAACAUUCCUAACGUGCAAGCAAACAACCCACCAGUGGUCAACCCGAUUUCAGCUCCUGUCUUGGCAGCCGGCGCUUUCGGUGCGAGUUUGAAUAACGUGGUGCCAGCACAACUGGCGUCAGCACUGUCGAAUACUAAUGCAGCCGCGUUGCAAGCUAGUCUCGCCGGUGGCUUGGGCGCUAACCUCACCACUAAUUCAUUGCUCAACUCGUCGUUGACCAACGAAUUAGCGUCGAACCUGAACAACUUCGGCGGUGGCGUGGGUGGUUUGAGUGGGCUGCAGGCAACCUUGGGCGGCGGGCAAGGUAACAACUCGUUCGCACCGCGCGGCUUGUCAAAAUUAGACAACGACAUCGGUUUCGGCAACAACAACGCCUUCGGCGGCUCCAACUUCGGAGGCGGCAGGGACUUUGACGGGGGUUUCAACAGGGGUGACGGUGAUCGCGUGUCUGCUGGUGGCGGCGGUGGUUUCUCCGGGAAUCAGGGACAAGCCGGCGGAGGCAAUAGACAAAAUUCCAACGGCUCACGCUCGAUGUCAGACACUGUUCUCAUAUGCAAUUUACCACCGAACACUACGUGGCAGAUGCUGCGCGACAAGUUCCAGGAUGCAGGAGAGGUCAAGUUCGCGGAGAUGAGGGGUACCGACAUGGGCAUGGUACGGUUCGCAUCUGAAUGGGAUGCUGAACGUGCUGUGACUAUGAUGAACCGAACACGCAUUGACGGCCGAACGAUCGAUGUGCGCUUGUACUAAAAGGGCUCGUGGAUCAGUGGACGAUACAAGGUAACGUUAAUAAACAAGAUCGUAUAUCUACGAAAUCUUAAGCUUAAUAACUUAUUGACGCAGCGUGAGGAAGCUGGGGUGUUUGUGUGUCGUCUGUGUGCAGGAUUGUUCCGCUCCCGAUGACAAUACUUGAAAUUCAUCCUAGUUGUGGCAGAACUUUAGAGAACAGUGAGUGAGGGAGAGAAAGUGAGAAAGAAAGAGAGAGAGAGAGGGGGAGAAAGAGAGAGAGAGAGAGAGAGGGAGAAGUAUCUAAUCUUCAGAAGAUCAGCAAGUCUCGUUCGAUUGUGGCUACUCAACGUCGAAACGGUCGUGUCGGCUACUGACGAACACCCUCUCCACAUCCAUCCACCCACUCACCGCUGCCGCCGCCGCAACCACCACCACCACCACCACCACCACAACCACCACCACCACCACCUUUCAGCCCCUCCCGCCUGCCUCUCGACUCUGUUCCCUCAGUCUUUUUACCUCUUCGUCUUGUUGCGAUUUUGUCAAUUCAAUAUUGUUUACACCACGCCGGAUUAUGGUUCCUUUUUACAGUGGAAGAAGUCUUCACCAAUUGUUCGCCUCAUAAAUCGGUCUUUUUUUCAAGUAAUAUCGAGACUUAGUUUAGUCGCUUAAGGCCUCUGGUCCCUCGUCGCGGGACUCUUGGUCGAUGAUGUCAAAAGCGAGGAGAUCCAUACUAGAAAAACUCUUACGGAUUAUGUCGAGAUAAAAAGGUGUAUCCGUAGAAUGCACGACACGUGCAGUCGAUUCGGUGCAUUCGUAAAUUGCUCCGAGAAUUUUACUUUUGUGGACGCAAGUAGGCAAAAAGUCAACAUAAAGAAAGGUAGGUGAACCUUAAAAAGGAGGGUUGCGCUUCAUGUUAAUUUUACGAUUAUUCGUUGAUUGUUCGAGCAAAAAGAGAAUUUUCGGAGCAUCUUGGGAGAGUAUUCGAUCGAUUGCAAAUGGUCGAUUUUUCCGGAUACGGUCUUUUUAUCCCGACGCAAUCCCUAGGAGCGUUCUGGAGCGAGCUUCUUCGCUUCUGGCGUCAUCGUCCAGGAUGCCUGUGGCGAGAUAACGAGAGCCUUAAGCACAUAGGUUCACAGAUGAUCGUUACUGUGUAAGCUAGCAGGUCCCCUUUUUUCAUUGUAUAGGUAGUAUUAUUGUUUUACAGUCUGUUUACGGUAAUUAGCAACUGUAAUCUGUAAGUUUACAUCUUAGUUGUCAUGACGAGAGAUCGAUCGGCUGUCCAUCGCUCGCUUCUGAAGAAAGUGACGCUCUGGUCGUUCCGCCAAGCAGGGAUAGAGGUUAAUCUAUCGAUCACACGGAAACGCACUUUUACCACGUCGUGAGAUGGACCAACAAAGAAUAAAAAGAAAUCAUUGUCCGCUCGAACUGCUGAUUAACGUUCAUGUCUGCUGAGUAUGUGUGUGUAUGUGCGCGUGUGCGUGUGCGCGUGCGCGCGCAUGUAUGUGUGUGUGUGUGUGUGUGUAUCUGGCUCUUAUCGAGAGUAGCGAUAGGCGCGCUCGUACAAAUCUCAUUUUAUGCAGAUCGUGUAUAAGACUCCUGGUCCCUCGUCGCGCAACUUUUGAUUGAUGACGUCAAGGACGAGGAGACCCGAGAUUUUUGCGUGGCGUUUCCACCCAAGAUAUUCGUGCGAGGGGAGUCGCGACUUCGAGUCGCUGCAACGCACUUGUCAAGUCACUCCGAACACCGUGCUUUUCCGUAGAAUGACUGAGGUUGAUCGUACCAAAUGAUCCCAUAUGACUGGGUUUCACAACGCGGUCAUCUUAUGGUUGCUGCUUGACCGUCAGGGGAGAAGCGCGGUGCGCGGAGCACUCGACGAGAGUACGCUCCAGCGAUCGGAGAUCGAUUCUUUUUCGUCCUGCGAAUAUCACUUUACCCGGAAGUAACGCGCAAGAAUGUUCAGCGUGUCACUUCUCGCGUCUGACGUCACUAUCCGACAUGGCCGCGACGAGCAGCCGGGAGCCUUAAGAGAGCUAGUUAUUCUCGUCGAAUUCUCGUCUCGCAUCGCAUCGCUCGUACUUUUCGCCGAGUAACUAGAGGCACUGACGUCGUGAUGCUUCUUUGACAACAGGAUACCAACCAACAUGCUCCGUCGCGGUAGGACCUAUUAUUAUUAUGAUUAUUAUUAUUGUUUUUAUUUCGGUUCUUUAAUGAUUUGCUGUACACACUUCGCACCGUCUCUCUGUCGCAUUGUCGUUGUAAGAGAAUCGAAUUGUCCUUAGUACGCGACGGAAAUUUGUUAUAGUCGCCGUCUCAGGACGAUCCUUCCUCGAUUCGGUGUGUGAUUCGUGUCUCUCGGGGCGAGCCAACGUCGGAUCAAGUUUAUAUCCCCCA